UGCUGAGAGGAUCUGAAGGACUGCAGAAGAGAGGGGAGAAGGGGUAAAAAAAACAAUAGCCAGGCCAGUGGCAUCUCCGUGGAUGUGGAAUAAGGGAGUUGCUUGGCUCACACAGAUUCCCGUGCUAAGUCGGGAGUUACAGCUGUUACUGAGGAGCACCCAGCCUGGCUGUGGGGAGGGCGCCCGGGGAGAGGCACAGACCAAGUCAAGCUCCACGCUCUUCUCUCGUCUGACUCACCUCAGCAUCACAAUGGAGCCUAACAGCCCUAAAAAAAUACAGUUUGCUGUGCCACUGUUUCAGAGUCAAAUAGAUCCUGAGGCAGCUGAGCAGAUCAGGAAAAGAAGGCCUACACCAGCAUCACUCGUCAUCAUGAAUGAACACAUGCCCCCAGAAAAAGAUGAGAAGAGAACAAACAUCUCACAGGCAGAGUCCCAGAGCGCGUCUCCCAAGCAAAGGAAGCAGAGCGUCUUCACCCCACCUGCCCUCAAAGGGAUUAAGCACCUGAAGAGUCAGAGUGAUUCAGCAUUUCCAGAGGAAGAAGAGGGAGUUAGCGAAAGGGAAGAGGAGUGGGGCCACUGAAGAGCGCGGAGGCGCCUCGGGCCCCAUCACGGAGUGACUGAACUGCGCAGCCACGGGUGCCCCAGCCCACCCGCCACCGCUUGCGUCCCCCACCGCGGCGCUCGGCGUGCCGGCGGCACCAGGGCUCCCUGGGGAGCGCCCUUGGCGGGGCUUCACAGCCACCUGCAAAUGUCUUCUGUCACCCUUGUACCCAGAGAUCAAACAGUUAUUUUAAGGUUGUUUUUCUUUCAUUUUUCUAUGACUUAGGAAUGUAAUAUGCAAAUGUGUUAGCGACCUGACGUCUGUACUGCCAGAGCUUAACUACUGCGUGUAAGCUGUACUCUGAGGCCUGCUGUAAAUAAAACUGAUUUAAAAGCUACAAAAUAAACAAUAUGUUCAUUUAGA